AAAAAAACCCAAACCCCAAUUCCCCAAUUCGAUCGCUCGCCGGCGACGUGUACUCUGCGGGUGGCCUCCGCCGCUGCAGCAUCUCCUCCACCGGCGCGAUGGCCGCACAGCGACCAUGCAAUGGUGGCUCGUGGCCGGAUCUCCCGUCGGAGCUCCUGGGCCUCGUGCUCCUCCGCCUGCCGUCCCACGGCGACCGCGUCCGCCUCCGCGCCGUCUGCCGCCCAUGGCGCUCCAGCGCGCGGCUGGAGCGGAAGCUUCUGCCGCCGCCGCUCCCGUGGCUCUUCCUCCCCGACGGCGCCUUCCUCACCCUCCCCGACGGCGCAGCCCACCGCCGCUUGGCCAUCCCCGGCGAUGUCGCGCACCUUGUGCCCACAGGGAGCGGCCUCCUCCUCGCGCACAACGACGGCAUGUUCUCCCUGAUGAACCCGUCCUCCUCGGCGACGACCCCUCUCCCCGACCUCGCCGCGGUCUUUCAUGGCGAGAUCAAGUGCAAAUACCCUGACACCGCAUUCCAACUGGGUCAACGGAGAAUCACCCCGAUCAUCAAGGCGGUGGUGUCUGAACACUUCAUUGCUUUCUAUUUCAACAGCUCGAAGGUCAUCAUCACUUCUGGACAGCCGCAUACAGUGGUGAAGUGGAGUCCUCCUGAUUCUAGCUACAUCCUCGACAUUGCGCUCUUCCAAGGGAAGCUCUACUGCCUAACAUUUGAUAUAGAGAAUUGUCAGGAGGAGCUCUACAUCCUUGAAGUCCGCGAUGAGGAGCCCAUGGUGUCUGAUGUCAAAUGCAUACACAGCACUCCUAGAGAUGUGGGCGAUGAAGACGAAGCAUGGUUCAACCCUCACUCCACCGACAGGUACACGUUCCAUCGAUAUCUAGUCGCGGAUGGCGAUCGGUUGCUCAUGGUGGCACGGUGGAUUAAUCUUAAUCUGCCGCCCAUGCUGCCGAGAGAUAGCAGCAUCAAGCGGACUCGCCGAUUUGAUGUCUUUGAGGCGGUGGACCUGAGCAGCGAACAUGGACGAUGGAUAAAAGUUGAUACACUGAUGGGGCAUUCUCUCUUUGUUAGCGAGAGCUGCUCCGAGUCACUCACUGCCGGAGCUGAAGAAGACUGUAUCUACUUCAUGAAUGAUGGCAUCAUGAAUAGGAUUCCUAAGGAUCCUCUUUCGGACUCUGGCGUGUACAACAUGAGAGAUGGGAUGGUUGCGCCAUUGAUGCCAGAGACUGCAGUGACAGAGCAUCUUGCUGCACAUGACGGUCCAUGGUUUUCGACUUGGCUUUUUCCAACAGAAACUUAAACUAAGAUGGACUGUAUACUUUCUUCCGGAGUUCAAGGUAUCAAUUUGCGAUUGGCAUCUCCUGUUCUAGAGUUUUGGCAUGAACAUAAGGACAAAGUGUCAGUUAAACUUUUAAUGAUGGUUGAGAUGUAAUCAGGUGAGUUCUGGAAAGACUAGGGAAAAAGAUGAUCAGAUCUAGGUCCCUUAAUGAAAUAUGUUGCAGCAUACUGUUUUGUUGCUAUGUGUUUGCAGUACUUGUAUGCAAAUGUUUGCUUUCUCAAAUGCAGGAACACGAAUUCAUAUACAGGGUAAAUGUAGGAACUUAA